GCAUUUCUGCCAACUUAGCAGACUGAGUGUGUGUCUGGUUGAAAACUGCUGCUGGAGUCUUUAUUAUUAUGCCUUCAUGGAGCAGGAAGGACGAUGCAGGUUGAGGAAAACUCAGUGAAACAUGAAUCUGAGAACUGAUGGAACGGGGAGUUAAGUCUUACGUCCAUCCAGACUGCCAUGCCUGCAUUGGAGGUGAUCUGCAGCCUGAUUGGCUGGCUGUGCCUCUACCUGUUGUUCUGCUCCACCUUCUCUCAGCGAGGGCCCGAGUGGAACUGCCGCUUGGUCACCUUGACCCAUGGGGUCAUCAUAGUGCUGCUGACAGCAUACGUUGUGUUUGUUGACGGUCCCUGGCCCUUCACACAUGCAGGUACAGAAAACACUGACCUCCAGAUAUUUGCCCUGGCAGUUUGCCUGGGCUACUUCUUCUUUGACCUGGGUUGGUGCGUGUGCUACCGGAGCGAGGGCCCAGUCAUGCUGGCGCAUCACGCCGCGAGCAUCGUGGGCAUCCUCCUGGCGCUGCUGAUGGGGGUGUCGGGCUGUGAGACCUGCGGGGUGAUCUUCGGUAGCGAGAUCACCAACCCGCUGCUGCAGAGCCGCUGGUUCCUCCGCCAGCUCGGACUCUACGACAGCCUGCUGGGCGACGCCGUGGACCUGCUCUUCAUCCUGCUGUUCGCCACAGUGCGCGUCGGCGUGGGAACCGUCAUGUUUUACUGCGAGCUCACUUCGCCCAGGACUUUGCUGAUAAUGAAGCUCGGCGGCGUGGUCAUGUAUUUGCUAGCCUGGCUGUUCAUGGUGGACAUCGCCAGGUUCGGCUACAAGAAGACCAGGGCCAAAUACAGGAAGUGGAUGGAAAACCACCAGCUCAAAGGCACGAGUGAUGAAAAACCAAUUGGGCACGCAGACAAGAGUGAUUGAAAAGACCAACUCAACCGCUUUCACAUGUUUUUAACAGACGCUCCAUUAAUUAUUAUUAUUAUUAUUUUUUUUUUGCCUGCGGUACAGUGGACUGCAACUUUUUUAAAGUCUGUGGAAAAAAAUUCUGAAAAACCUAGAUAAGCACGUUUAUUUUGCAAACCAACUAACCAUUUAGGGUCCAUGUUCUGUCUGAUGAGCAUACGUUGUCAGAAUAACAUAUGCAAUGAGUACGCAUGCGCAUUAAGAGGUUCGACCUUUAGAGGAGUUACGACACCCGGUCUUUGAGUUAGCUAAAUAUUUACAUUACAAACUAAGUAUUAGUUGGCUUGUAAUGUGAAUAUUUAGUUUGCCAACUAAAUAUUUAAUUUGAAGAUAAAUAUUUAGCUUCAAGCUGAAUAGCUAGCAUGCUAACUAUUGCUGAUAACAGAACCUCACUUUAAGUCUUCUGUAUGAUUGCUAUUAUGGUGCUAAAGGUGCUAUUUACAGCUUUGUUUGACAUAAAGAUGAUAAAUAGUGUCAUACUUUCAUUACUAUAAGCUUCUAUUUGCCAAAAUUGUUUAUGUCCAUCUUGUGGAAUCAAACUCAUCCUGAGAUUUAAAAUAUUUGCCAGCAGGUUGAUUUUUUUUUUUGCUACAUGGCAGAUUUCAGAAGAUUAAAGUGACCAAAGGGUGAAACCAAAACCCAAAAAGGGACAAGGGUGUAUAGAAAAUGGAUGGAUGGAUUUUGGACAUUUAAACAAACCUUUUCAUACCCUUGUACUAAACAAAUGGUAUUUGUACUUUUUUUUGUAAUUCAAAGUGCAGCAGGUAAGUUUUGAAUCUGACCAUUAAGACCAUGCUCAGAAAAUGUUGAAAAACUCAUGUCCGAGCCAGAGCAGAGGAGAAACUACUGUUAUAUUAAAAACAAUAAAAAGCAACACUUGUGGAACAGCUUAAAACAGUACGAUAAUAAAUCUUCUUUAAGUAGUUUGUGUUGAUACAUUACAUGACAUCAUGGUGCAAAACAAGGAACAGUGGAUAAAACCACAGAGCUGAUACACUUUAAGCAUUUUACAAUACACAUCUUUACAUUA